AUGAACCCUUGGAUUCAUCUUACAAGCCUCCUCAGCUUGACCGCUGUGGUUGCAGCAGCUCCUCGUACCAAGACUUGCUACACCAAUCCUCCUACUACAAUCACAAAGAUUGUCACUCAGACUUGCCCAGCUCCCAAGACUGUCUACCUUGAUGCAGCUGGCAAUACUGUUCCGUCUCCCGCCCCUACCAAUCCUGCCAACUAUGUGACCACUCUGCCUGCAGUCACCAGAGUCACGGAGUUGGUCUAUCCCUCCUCUCUUUCUUGCAAUGGCGGUGAGACUGUCACCAUUGGCGGGAUUUCAACUGUCGUUGCAGGCCCUACGGUCCUCACCAAUUGUCCUUGCUCCACUCGCACUACCGUGAUUGCACCUGGACCUGUCAUCACUCUCCCUGCUGCCUUCGCCCCUGGUGCAUCUUCUGGUAAUGCUGGAGGAGCUGCUGGUGGCAAUGCUGGGGGCGCUGGCGGAAAUGUUGCUACUACAGUCGUCAACACCUACGUUGUCUACCCAAGCGCCUUCAUUGGUAAUGGUGGCGAGACUUUGACUAUUGGUGGAACUAUCACCGUCGUCCCUGGACCCACCGUCAUCUCCCAAUGUCCUUGCACUCAGGCCACCGCUGUGACCGUGACUGGACCUGCUGUAACCAACACCAUUACUCAAUUCAUCCCUAUUCCCACCGUCAUUGCAGGCGCCACCGUCACGAGCACAGCAACUGUCAUUUCUGGCGUGACUGUCACUCAGACAACGACUGCCACUGCCACCUCCGGCGCUGGAGUCCCAGCUGCUGGUACUUUCGGAACUACUGUGGACGGAGUUACCUUCCUUGUCGAGGAGCAAAUCAACUAUGAUGGAACUCCACUUGCUUUGCCAGCCCGUAAGAACAAGCGUCAGCAGACUUCUGUCAAUCUUCAAGUUUGUCUCGAGACUUGUGCAGAGAAUGAGGCCUGUGCUGGUACCUCUCUGAACACUGACUCUUCGACUUGUCUCUACUUCAGCGCUAUCUUCGCAUCCACCAGACGCCGCGAUGUUACAAUCAUCUUCGCCACGGUCAUCAGCCGGGUCACACCCACCGGAACUUCUAGUCUGAGCAGCUCAACCACAAGCUCGUCUUCCAGUUCCAUGACUUCAUCUUCUGUUAUCACUACUACUUCUGCCACGUCUACUUCUGGUACCUCAACUUCGGGUACUUCAACUUCGGGUACAUCCACGACUUCAGGCGGAGGCACUUCAACUUCCGGAACUUCCACUUCUGGAACCUCGACCUCUGGAACCUCGACUUCUGGCACUGCCACUACCAGCCAGACAGCUGAUCCUUCGUCCGACCCCUCGACCGAUGCUCCUGCUGAGGAGGAAGUCGUUGCCCAUGCCGCUGCUCCUAAGCCUAUGGGUCUGACUCUUCGCGACGCCGAUCGCAACAAGGCUGGUGCUGUUGUUCGUCGCGGCGGUGUUCUUCGUCGCCGAAAUGCUGAGCCUGCUGCCAAGCACGCUCCUCGCAAGGUUGUCAUCGAGCUGUAG